CCCCCCCGCAGAGAGGUGGCCUCCCACUGCCGCCUCCAGCAAGCAUCCUCCGGGCGCCCCCCCGCCCCGCCGCCCCUUCCCGAGGAGCCGCCGUCCUUCCACAACGCCCCGGGGGGGCUCUUCCAGCUGCCCCCCGGAGACCCCUUCCCCCGGGGGACGCGGGUGGCCUGGCUGGCCGCCCCCCGCCUGGCCUUGGCCCUGCUCUGCGACCCCCAGGAGAACCUGGCGCUGGCCGAGGGCACCCUGCGGCACCUCGCCCCCCGGCUGCUGGCCGCCCUGCGCCCCCCCGGCCCCGGCGUCCUGCUGCGCUCCGACGCCGCCGACGGGGUCCUGGAGGGGCUCCUUCCUCACGGGCAGCUCCUCUUCCUCAGCGACAGCUUCCUCCAGGCCCUGGAGCGCCAGGCGGCGCGAUGAAGGAGGAACCCCCCCCCCGGGGGGGAAAUGGGGCUGGGGGG